AGAGAAGAAGAAGUAGAAGUAGAAGUAGAAGUAGAAGAAGAAGAAGAAGAAGAAGAAGACGAAGAAGAAGACGAAGAGGAAGAAGAAGUCGGUGUUGUGUGAUGAAGCUGCUCCACUGUUGACAACUGCGGACACACGACUUCGUUGCGGUGUCAGCAGGGAUGCUUCCGACGUCAAAUCCUCCUCGCCACCCCCCGCCUCUUCCUGCCUCCUCUCCCUCGUCCACCCAUCCUCCUCCUCUUCCUCCUCCUCCCUUAAAAGGACGGAUGAGUUUCUCAGGAGCCAUGGUGGACGUCAGCAAGUGGCCACUGUUCUCUGUGCUCAGCGCUGAGCAACUAGCCACAGUCCGACAGGCUUGUGUCUUUGGGACCUUGGGUAAUGAGGCCAUCUACGUCACGCAUGCAAAUGAGGUGUUUGUGUUUGGGGUGAACUGCAGUGGCUGCCUUGGUACAGGAGACCUUCUGAGCACCCUUGUGUCAAAGAAGCUCAACUUCCUGCAGGGGAAGAAGGUGAUCAGCCUGAGCUACGGCAGCGGACCUCACGUCCUAUUGGUUGAUGAAGAUGGACAGCUGUUCUCUUGGGGUCACAAUGGCUACAGUCAGCUGGGGAACGGGAGUUGCAUGCAGGUCCUGUCCCCGACGCUGGUCACCGCUUCCCUGAAGAACAAGAGAGUGAAAGAGGUGGCGUGCGGCUCGCAUCACUCCAUGGCGCUCACGCAGGAAGGAGAGGUCUUUGCGUGGGGUUACAACAACUGUGGCCAGAUUGGUUCGGGCUCCACAGCCAACCAGUCCUACCCCAGGAAAGUCACCAGCCUGCAGGGCAGGAAUGUUGUGGGCAUUGUGUGUGGCCAGACGUCCUCAAUGGCUCUGGUGGACAACGGAGAGGUUUACAGCUGGGGCAACAACAGUAUUGGUCAGUUGGGAAUUGGUAGCAAUGAAGUCCAGCUGUCGCCCUGCCCCGUCACCGCACUCCAAGGGCUGUGUGUUCAACAGAUUGUGUCAGGCUACAGCCACUCCCUGGCGCUGACGGAUGAAGGGCUGCUGUACGCCUGGGGAGCAAACAGCUACGGUCAAUUGGGAACUGGCAGCAAGAGCAACCACCAAAGCCCAGUACAAAUCAUGGCUGGCAAAGAGAGGGUUGUAGAGAUCGCUGCCUGCCACUCAACACACAUUUCAGCGGCCAAGACCCAAAGUGAGCAGGUGUACAUGUGGGGUCAUUGUCGGGGUCAGUCCAUCGCCCAGCCUCAACUCACUCACUUCUCCGUCACCGAUGACGUCUUUGCCCUCUUCGCCACACCCUCCGUCAUGUGGAGGCUCAUGUCAGUAGAACGCGAUGAGUUCCUGACAGUUGCCGAGGCUCUGAGGAAAGAGUUUGACAGUCAAGAGACGUCCGACCUCAAAUUCAGUGUUGAAGGCAAAUACAUUCACGUUCACAAAGCCCUGCUGAAGAUCAGGUGUGAGCAUUUCCGAUUGAUGUUCCGCUCCCAGUGGACAGAGGAUCAGCAGGAGGUGAUCGAGAUCAGCCAGUUCUCUUACCCCGUCUACAGAUCCUUCCUGCAGUUUCUCUACACGGACACUGUUGACCUUCCACCUGAUGACGCCAUCGGCCUGUUGGACUUGGCCACCUCUUACUGUGAAGGCCGCCUGAAACGUCUGUGUCAGCUGAUCAUCAAGAGGGGAAUAACUGUUGACAACGCCUUGACCCUGCUGUCUGCCGCCAUACAUUACGACGCCGAGGACUUGGAAGAGUUUUGUUUCAGGUUUUGUGUCAGCCAUCUGACUCAGGUGACUCAGACCGGAGCUUUCUGGCAGUCGGACGGAGCGAUGCUCAAGGAGUUCAUCAGCAGAGCCAGUCGCUGCGGCGCCUUUAAGAACUGAAUGCUAACACUCACAUUUUUUUAACAAAGUGUAAACUAUAUUCGGACUUAGUGGAUUCUGGUUCUGAUCACAUUCCUAAAAGAAAGCGAAAGAAAGUGCAUAAAAGCUGAGGAACCCGUUGGCACAUAUCUGGAAGGGAUUUUACAACUCGGGCCACUUCCCGUCGAGUCACUCGACCAAACUCUUUGCACCUUUACUGUCAGACUGACUUGUGUUCUUUACCUUUACCAUCCUGUGUGUUUACUUGAAUUUUUGUUCCUUUUCCCUCGGCCAUCAUUCCUUUAUUUUCUCGAACAGUCAUCAUGUUGGAGACCAAAGAGCUGGAGACUGUGUCUACGUUAAGCUAACUGAUAACUGACUUGCACUGGCGAGGACAUGAGUAGCACUGUACUGAAACACUAUCUUUCAUUUUCAGUUUGCAAUCUUUGUGUUCAAGCAAAACUACUGUACUUAUUUGAUGUGUUGACCUUUAAAAUUCUUGAAGCUGUCUGAGUUGACAGAGAAAGGCUGAGUCCCUUUUAUCCAGAUCAAACUGAGGGUCGUUGUGUGACAAUGUUAUUUUACUUGUUUACUUGCUGAGAUUCUGUGUAUUUUUCCAAAAGUUCCAAAAACAUGUUUAUGUUCUUUUUUUAUAUAUUCAGGUGUGUUUUCUUUUGAUAAGUUCAUUCUGAAUUAAUUCAACUUUUGCUCAAUGGCACUUUAAGGAACUACAUUUGCUCGUAUCCUCAUAUUCAGUGAAACGAUAACAGCUUAAACAGUUUGAAACCUUGUCGAAGAUGAGACAUUUUACAAAAGCAACAGUAAAUAUGAGGCACUGUAAAAUUACUAGCAGCUUUUUUUCCUCAUCUUAUUACAAGUGUAAAAGUUGCAAAAUGUAUGUGACUCAGAAACUUUUUAUUCCAAAAAUAAAUCUAUAUUUCCUUGGUA